AAGGAGGCGGGGGAGAGCGAGACGGAGAGAGAGAGAAAGAGAGAGACGAUGAGGGCUCUUCUUCCUCUCCGAUCCUCCAUCGUGGUCGUCUUCGUCGUCGUCCUCGUGCCCUUCAUUACGAACCCUCGAGGGGUCAAUUCUUCGUCGGACGCUCCUUUGACGUCUAUCCCUCUCGAUCUCUAUCAUACGAGUGAUGCUUUGCUGAAGGAAAUCAAGUCGCUGGUACUUCGGCAUCCAGACACUUUGUCUAUGGAGACAGUGAAAAUGGGCAAUAGAGGCUAUGCUGCAGAGGUAUUAGUGGUUACAUAUGAUCGAAAAACGAAGCAUGACAAUGAAAAAUCAAAGUUCCGUAUACUUAUGAGCUUUGGACAGCACGGGAGAGAGCUUAUAACCUCUGAAGUAGCAUUGCAACUACUUUCUGUUUUGGCUGAAGAGCAUAACAUACUGAGCAUGGGCCCGGUGUCCAUUACUAAAGAGCUGGAUAACAUUGUGAUAAAGGUGGUGCCAAUGGAAAAUUUGAAUGGACGCAAGCUUGUUGAAGCAGGAGACCUUUGUGAAAGGAGAAAUGGAAGAGGAGUUGAUCUUAACAGAAAUUGGGGUGUGGAUUGGGGAAAGAAGGAGAAGGACUAUGAUCCAUAUGAAGAAAACCCUGGAACAGCCCCUUUCAGUGAGCCUGAGGCUCAAAUAAUGCGGCAGCUUGCCAAGUCCUUUGAACCUCAUAUUUGGGUGAAUGUGCACUCAGGAAUGGAGGCUCUAUUCAUGCCAUAUGAUCACAAGAAUACUACGCCAGAUGGGCACAUGUCAAAUUUAAUGGAGUUUUUACUAUGGGAUGUAAACCGUCUUCACUUUGAAGAGAAAUGCUUAGUUGGGUCAGGCGGAGGCUUAGUAGGGUAUCUUGCUCAUGGGACAACAACUGAUUAUAUGUAUGAUGUUGUUAAAGUGCCAAUGGCUUUCACUUUUGAGAUAUAUGGUGAUUCAGAAGCAUCUUCGAAGGACUGCUUCAAAAUGUUCAAUCCAGUAGAUAAACUUGAGUUCAAUAAAGCUGUCAACAAAUGGAGUGAAGCAUUCCUCACGCUUUUUAGGCUGGGUCCUUCCCGGCUUGCUACAACUUAUGGCUUAAGAAAAUGGGACUCCAUGGGUGGUAAGGUCAUAGAUGGGAGCUUAGAAAGUAACAAAGAAAACAAGAUCGAUGGACUUGACCUCGGUAUGAAAGAUCUGCGGAAUUAUUUCAGGCUUUUUCUACUAUCAUCUGUGCUUUUGAUGUUCAUGUUCUGCUCAAGGAUAUCAAAGAGCAAAUAUAGACAGACAAAUUGAAUUUGAGUUGGGGUAAUUUAUUUACCGAGGUUCCAUCAACUGUACGAUGCGAUGCGGGGGGAAAUGUAUUCAGUUACAGUUACUAUACAAUUUUCUUGAAAUUCCUUUUCGUGCCAUGUUGAGUCAAUUUAUGUGGUACCCGAACAGUUCCAUUGCCUUUGCUUUUCAGGUUGAUCUUCUGAUGGCAGAAUUGGGCAUAUUGAAGGGUCAAAGAUAAGCAGAUGGCAGAAGGUGAAGCUACGGACUUCUGAUCGCUCCCGGAUGUGUAAGUCUGGCUCAGGGAAAGUUAAAGAGACUAGUUUCACUAACAUGAGAGUAACUUCCUUUACAAUCUCAUCAAGAGAAUUUACCAUUUUGUAACAAAUUCGUAGUAACAGUAAUCUGCAAGCAUUCCAUUCAGAAAAUGCAUCCACUGGCAGAUGAUCGGCUUUUAAAUCUAACCAAUCGUCUAUCGUAGCUCCCUGUUGCUGUCCUGUCUUCGGCCUGUAUGUAUUGCAAGCUUUAGCAAUGAUCAUUCUGCCAUCUUUUUUGCUUUUUCUUAAAUAGUUAGAGAUGUCAGAUCACGAGUAAAGGAUUAUUUAUCACACAUGUUGCUGCUGUAAUGUCUUUUUUGGCUC